UAAGAAGGUAUGAUGUGUAAUCAACCACAGGUUGAUAGCAAGAAUACUGAAAUCUUUGAACAGUGUUUGGCAAGAGCAAAGCAAGACACACAGCAGAAGCAUUGCAGAAAAUGACUACUUUGGACUGUUGGAUUAUAGCUGGAAAAAGGCAUCUUGCUUCAACUUUCUUAAUAAUUCUGGUGGGAAUAAAGAUACCAGGAAAUGAGAUGUUGGAAAUCUAUUACCCAGCAAACUCUCUUCACCUGCAAGAAGGGGAUCCUUUAGUUUUGGCUUGCACAAUUAAAUACCAGCCACACCAGGGACUGCAUGUAUAUUGGUGCAAACAGGCAGAAGAAUUAUCCAUUUGUGAUAGAAUUGGUGAGGAAAUCACUGAACUGGAAGAGAAACCACUGAAUACGAGAUCAGAUCCUAAAGUGGGAAUCCUCCUGCUACAAAUACACCAGCUUAACCAGUCAGACAGUGGUAACUACCAGUGCCGGGGCACCACAUCAGAUCAUUAUGUCAUGGGCCACUACAUCAGGGUGCGUAUAACAGCCACUCAGCCAUCAGCAAAUAAUUCCAGUCAAAUCAACACUACGCAGAAUAGCAAUGAUAAUUUCUGGAAAGAACCUGGAGAUGUUUUUCAAAGUAAUAAAGUAUUGCAGAUGGCUUUCCCCCAUGAGAAGAUGUUCAUACGAAGUGUGAUUACAGUCUUAAUUGCCAUCAAAAUAACAUUCUAGCCAUGUUCAGCCAUAUCCGGUGCCACUCAUUUCUUCAGAUAUUUGAUAUACUAUCAGUUUCCUAUGUAAGAUACAUAUGUACAAUUUCAUUAAAGUUGGUAACAUUUUCCUAUUAAAUCUUUUAAGAUGGCAUAUUGUUUCACUCAGUUUUACAGACAGUACAAGUUUUGUUUCU